GGGUCGCGUUGCCGCGCCAUUCAUCCCUCGUGGGCUCCGUCCGGGCCGCGUGUUCUCCCAAGUUCUCCGCAGUUGUUGUCUGUGGCUUGGGUGGACCUACUCAGCCAACCCUGUACAUCUUAAAUGGGAAUAAAGAGUAGCAUUUCUAAGGAAAUGAAAGUGAACAAAUCAUCUCUUCUUUUCAAAAGAGAGGCCGUGUUGAAUGUACAUAUUUGAAGACUGCAUCAUCCUGCCUCUAGUACCAGCAGUUUCUGUAUUCUCUGAUCAAUGUGAUUCACAGGAAGUUCUUAAGUAACAAACGAAAUGAGCCCGGGUCGUGGAAAAUAUGACUUUUAUAUUGGUCUGGGAUUGGCUAUGACCUCCAGCAUUUUCAUUGGAGGAAGUUUCAUUUUGAAAAAGAAAGGCCUUUUGCGACUUGCCAGAAAAGGUUCCAUGAGAGCAGGUCAAGGUGGACAUGCAUAUCUUAAAGAGUGGUUAUGGUGGGCUGGACUACUGUCAAUGGGAGCAGGUGAGGUGGCCAACUUCGCUGCAUAUGCAUUUGCACCAGCCACACUAGUGACUCCGCUAGGAGCUCUCAGCGUCCUUGUAAGUGCCAUUCUUUCUUCAUAUUUUCUAAAUGAAAGACUUAAUCUUCAUGGGAAAAUUGGGUGUUUGCUAAGCAUUUUGGGAUCUACAGUAAUGGUCAUCCAUGCUCCAAAAGAAGAAGAGAUUGAGACCUUGAAUGAAAUGUCACAUAAGUUGGGCGAUCCUGGUUUUGUGGUCUUUGCAACUCUUGUGGUCAUUGUGUCCUUGAUACUAAUCUUUGUGGUGGGACCUCGCCAUGGACAAACAAACAUCCUCGUGUACAUCACAAUCUGCUCUGUGAUUGGAGCAUUUUCUGUCUCCUGUGUGAAGGGCCUGGGCAUCGCUAUCAAAGAGCUGUUAGCUUCGAAGCCAGUGUUGCGGCAUCCCCUGGCCUGGAUCCUGCUGCUGAGCCUUGUGGUCUGUGUGAGCACACAGAUUAAUUAUUUAAACCGAGCUCUGGACAUAUUCAACACGUCUAUCGUGACUCCCAUCUAUUAUGUAUUCUUUACAACUUCAGUUUUAACUUGUUCAGCUAUUCUUUUUAAAGAGUGGCAACACAUGCCUGUUGAUGAUAUCAUUGGGACUUUGAGUGGCUUCCUCACUAUCAUUGUGGGGAUAUUCUUGUUGCAUGCCUUUAAGGACGUCAGCUUUAGUCUUGCAAGUCUGCCUGUGUCUUUUCGAAAAGAUGAAAAAGCAGUGAAUGGCAAUCUCUCUAGUAUGUAUGAAGUUCUUAAUAAUAAUGAAGAAAGCUUACCCUGUGGAGUUGAACACACAGCUGAAAAUAUCUCCCGGAGAAAUGGAAAUCUAUCAGCUUUUUAAGAAAGAUACGAUUAAAAGGUUAAUCUAGAAUUCUGUUAUAAAGUGAUUUUGAGUAUCAGAAUGUGUCUGAAAAAGCAUUGUCUUCAGUGCUUCUCUAAAGACAAUCUUUUUAAAAGUUUCAUUAAUUUGGACCAAGAAAUUACUUUUCUUAUAUUUAAAAAUGGUAGUUUAAAUGAGGUCACUUAAGAUGACCCCAGUUCAUGGCUGAUUUCUAUUAAUGUUGUAUUAUUGUAGAGGUAUUUUACAUUUUGAUUCUUUCUCCAAAAUCUAAAUGCACUAAUACAGUUUUAAGUCUAUAAAAAUGCUUUAUUUUUUCAUUGGUGAUGAAAGUCUGAAAUGUGUAUUUGUCAUCCCAGCCUAUCAGUCCCUGACCAUACAUGACUUUUUGAUUGUGCGAAAGAACAAAAUUAUCCCAAUACAUUAUCCUCUGGUUUACCUUA